GAUAUGUCGGCUCCGGCUCAUGUCGCCAGCGGCAUAUAUUUCCGCUUGAAUUUGCCUGCAUCCUUUGCUUUCUUUGGAUCCUCUUUUGAGACGUCGCCCGAGUCAAGUUGCGGGCUGUUGUUACGCGAUAGAUCGCCCUUUGCCGCUCGAAAUCGUCCAGAGUCAAAUCUUUCCCACGCCCCCCCCCCGCCCGCUUUCGAGGAGCCAUGCCACACGAGCGCCUGCUUUGCCUCCUCGCGCUGUGCAUCCUGCCGGCCAUUGUCGCUGCAAAUAUGAACCAGUGGACGAUUGGAAUUGUCAUCUCCAACAACAUCAUUCCGUCCAUGGCCCAGAGCAUGAACCAAAGUGCUCAGCUCGCCAUUCGAAACAUCAACAACGAUAACACCAUUCUGCCCGGUAUCACCCUCAACUAUGUCUACAUGAACCCAAACACUGCGCAAGACCAAGUCGUUGCUACAGGCAUCGCCCUCGGCACUACGCCCGGGGUUGUUGGAAUUAUCGGCGAGUUCUUCUCGAGUGUGACCGAGCCGCUUGCGCUUGUAUCGAGGGCUUUUAAUAUUACCCAAUGCUCCCCCACUGCGACGGACCCCACCCUAUCCGAUAAGACCACAUACUCGACAUUCUUCAGAACGGUUCCCCCCGAUAACUACCAGGCUCCUGCAAUCGCCAGCUAUAUCUAUGGCAUGGGUUGGAGAAACGUCGUGCUGGUCUAUUCGGAUGACGCCUACGGAACCGGACUGCAGAAUGCAUUUACAACAUUUGCUCCUACUAUCGGGUUGAAUGUUCCACUGUCGCUCCAAUACCACACUCCAGCCAGCGCGCCAUCCGACUUUGCCUCAAGUCUCUCCAGCAUUCGGCAGCGUGGAUAUCGCAUCAUUGCCUUCCUUGGAUACGAUACAGAUCUCUUGCUGUUUAUGCGCCAGGCCCGAGCGUACAAUAUGAUCGAUUCGAGCUACAUGUACCUCUGCAGUGAUGGAUGCAGUAGUCUUCUCACCACUGUAUCGAACCCAGGAUACACCGCUGCCGAUCAGGCCAACAUUGAUGGCGUGAAUCUCUUUGGCGCUACCGAGAGUGCCAACACUGCUUUGUCUUCAAGCUAUCUGUCUCAAUUCAAUAGCCUCUACGGAGGCGCCCCCGGCCCCAAUUCGAUGUUUUGCUAUGACUGCGUCUACGCGAUUGCCCAUGCGUUCAAUAACCUCCUGGUCAACAAUCUCACGACUGUCUCGGCAAUCUACAAUCGCCAAGCUCCAAUCACACCGCUCAGCCAGUUCCUUAUUCCAUUCACUGGAAUCACCGGUCUUGUUAACUUCACAAACGGCGAUCGCAUCGACACCUAUGCAGUUACCAACAUUCGAUAUCAGAGCAACGCUCUGAGCAGCACGAUCAUUGGAACUGUCCAAGAGAACUUGGUCUUCCAGUCGCAGUCGACCCAGUAUUUCUACGGAGGAUCCACCACUGUGCCGGCCGACGACAUCGGCUUGCCUGAAGUCGUCGUCGCAUACAACAGCGGCGGACCCAUCGUCCUUGUCAUCCUCUACGUCAUUGGCUUGCUCAUCACUUUGGGUUCGGCUUGUGCCUUGAUUGUGAAUCGUGGAUCUCGCGCCGUCCAACGAACCUCGCUUCUCUACUACUUAUUCGUGGCACUGGGUCUUUCGAUAUCCUGGAUAUCGAUCUUUGGCUUUACAGGCCGAGUUUCUGUCACCACGUGUGCUAUCCAGCAAAAGAUCUUGUGGAUUGCCUUUUCUGUGUAUGCCGGCGCUGUUCUUGCUCGAUCUUAUUGGGCUUGGAGGAACUUUGAGAACCGACGACUCCAGCAAAUCCCGAUCAAGAGCAUGCCAAUGAUUUGCUCCAUCAUUAUUUUGAUUGUCACCAACAUCAUCAUCCUGGCUUCGUGGUCUCAGAGCGAUGCUCCCGUGCCCACCACGAUCACAACGGACACGAACUGGUAUCUUGAGUGCCACUCGACCUCGUCCUCCACCGAGCUACGAUAUGCGACGGUCCUCCUGGUCAUCAACGGCAUCAUCCUCCUGUUCAUCACCUGGUUCAACGGACUGUCAAGCAGCGUCACUUGCGAGUACAUGGAGAGCGAGUGGACCGACUAUGCCAACAAGUUCAUCAUCAUCUGCGCAAUCAUUGUCAUCAUCAUUCUCUACGGCACCUCGGGAACUCUAUUGAGCAAUUACUACGUCAGGAUGUUGGUGGUGUUCAUGGCAAAUGCCUUGACGCUCUACUGCACGCUCUUCAGAAUCGCAUAUCUCUCGUUCGCCCAGGAGGACGAUGGUCAAGGACGCCACUCGAUCGUGGCCAGCACGGCUCGCCCUGGCACCUCGGCCUCGAACAAGAAGAAGGCCGGUGUAGGCAAAUCCUUCGAUAUUGUGAUCAAACAAAAGGGCUUCUUCAACGUCUGGGUGAGGAGAAAUCUGGUCGUGCUCGCUCAAGAGCAGGCCAUCUGUCUGUUCCCGCCCGCAGACAACAUGGAAUCUGAUGAAACGCUCGGUAUGUGCUGCGAGUUUGAAGACUUUUGGAUCGAGGACUCGACCGAGCCCGACUGCUUUCGACUCGCGAUCGACGGAAUCAUGUAUAUGGUCCAGGCCCGCGAUCUCCAGAACAAACUCGCCAUCAUGGAGCUGCUCUAUAAUCGCAACGAGAACGAGGCUGCAGGGGAUGCCAAACCACCCAUGCAGACGUAGCAAUAGCAGCCCUACUUGGGAGCCAACGACAAGGAACACAGCGAAUGUGAACAUGUGCUCGAGCAGCCUCAAGCUUUCGAGGAGAGCUCUGGCUACGGGUUGCUCAUUUGAUCUUACUCCUCACUCACUCACUCACACACUCACACACUCACUCACUCACUCACUCACUCACUCACUCACU